GUUACAGAGAGGGUUUCACUCUCUUGCAGACCAGCCCUUGAAACUGAAGCAGGAAUUUGAAAGAAACAGCGGCUGGUAUUUGGACACAGGGACAAACAAUAUAUUUUUUUCAGCUCUAUUUUAACGUUGGACCCUAUUGAAAUCACCUUUUUAGGCAGAAAGUAACAGGAUUGCAAGAAUUUAUCUUCUUUAAAUGUAAUAAAGGAUAAAGGGAGACCUCACCCAGAGGAAGGAAAGUUUCUUGCGGACCAGAAUGCAACGCCUCUCUCACUCGACCCUCCAACAGGCUGGAAUUCUGCAUCGCUAAGCCGCACUUUGGCCAUUUUUUCCUUCAGCCCUUCAGAUACAGACAGACAGGCAGACAGCCCACAGAGAGACAGCACACUGACGGACAGCACACUGACAGAAAGCACACUGACAGACAGACAGCACACAGACAGACAGCACACAGACAGACAGGGGCACACCAUGUGGUCCUGCAUCACAGACUUCUUCACCUACGAAACCACCAAGUCGGUGGUGGUUAAGAGCUGGACCAUCGGCAUCAUCAACCGCGUGGUUCAGCUGCUGAUCAUCGCCUACUUUAUUGGCUGGGUGUUCGUCCACGAGAAGGCCUACCAGGUGCGGGACACGGCCGUGGAGUCGUCGGUGAUGACCAAGGUGAAAGGAUUCGGCAUCUACAACAACCGGGUGAUGGAUGUGGCCGACUACGUCACCCCCACCCAGGGGGCCUCUGUGUUCUGCAUCAUCACCAAGCUGAUCACUACAGAGAACCAGGUCCAAGGCUUCUGCCCAGAGAGUGAGCCCAAAUACCAUUGCAUCAACGACAACAACUGCACCAAGUACCUGAACAAGCCAGGAGGCUAUGGGAUUCCGACAGGGAAGUGUGUUCGUUUCAACGACACCAUGAAGACAUGCCAGAUCCAGGGCUGGUGCCCGGCAGAGAUAGACUACAUCAAGACCGAACCGAUGAAGGAGGUGGAGAAUUUCACCAUCUUUAUCAAGAACAGCAUACGUUUCCCACUGUUUGACUACACCAAGGGGAACUUUCUCCCUACGAUCAAUAAGAGCUACAUCUCUUCCUGUAACUUCGACAUGGUCCACCACAAGUACUGCCCCAUCUUCAGGGUCGGAGACGUGAUCCAAUACGCUCAGCAGGACUUCAUGAAACUGGCGCAUAAAGGAGGGGUCAUAGGGAUCAAGAUCGCGUGGAUGUGUGACCUGGACCGGGGAGACGAACACUGCAGCCCGUCCUACUCUUUCACCCGCCUGGAUGCCAUGUCCCAGAAUAACUCUAUCUCCCCCGGUUACAACUUCAGGUUUGCCAAGUAUUACAAAAUGGACAAUGGGACCGACUAUCGUACAUUAGUCAAAGCCUUUGCUAUCAGAUUUGAUGUGCUGGUCAAUGGAAAUGCUGGAAAGUUCAACAUGAUCCCCACACUCAUAAACAUGGUGGCGGCCUUCACAUCUGUUGGCGUGGGCACGGUCCUCUGUGACAUCAUCCUGCUCAACUUCCUGAAAGGGGCCGAUCAGUAUAAAGCCAAGAAGUUUGAAGAGGUGUCAGACACCGAGAUCGACUCCCAUAUCAACGGCUUGUAUCGCUCCCAGCUGUCGCUGAGACAUGAUGAGAAACAAUCCACUGACUCAUUCUCCUUUGGACAUUUUGGAUAAUGGAUUAGGGCAACAGCCAAUACCAGAAGUGGUAAAAGCAAAAGGGCGGGACAAGGGCAGUAAAAUGAGAUGAGUUACGGAUCUUUCAAAAGCAUCUCAUUAGAGGAGAAAUUAAUAAUACAGGCAUAUAAACUUUUACCUUCCUCUUAAAAUGUAUUAAAUUAGUUAGGUUAUUCCAUGAAAUAUGUAAUUAUAGGUUAUCAUUAAUUGCUAAAUAACGUAGCAUUUAUGGGAAAAAAAGUUCCAGCUCUGGGAAAACCUUAUUUUUCCAUCAUAUACCAUCAGAAAACAAUGCCAAUACACAUGGGUUGUCAGCAUUGCAGACUAAUAUUGUGGUUGCAACAAUUAUUUUCUGAGAAAAGAGAAAGGAAAGAGCCCUGUUUUAGAACUAAUUACUAAUGCAUUCUAGGAAAUUACUAGACUAGACUGGCAUAAUAUAUAGAACUGAGUAAUUACCCGAAGGAUUCUGGAAACUGGAAGUGCCUUGAAAAACUCGAAAAUUGGCUAACUGAGUUUCCUCUUCUGCAAUUAACCAAACAUUUGUCUAAAAAAAAAAAAAGUGCCAGGGAUAAAGCAUGUUUGAAAAGCAUGACAACUAUCUAACAGGCCAUUUGUCACCAUAAAUGAGGC